CUCUACACAGCUGCAUCGCACAUCUACUUCCUUUCUCCCGGAGCAAAGAUGGCGGAGUACGACCUCACCACCAAAAUUGCCCACUUUUUAGACCGUCAUCUCGUUUUUCCUCUGCUGGAGUUCCUGUCUGUCAAAGAGAUCUACAAUGAGCAGGAGCUCCUUCAUGGAAAAUUGGACCUUCUCAGUGACACAAACAUGGUGGACUUCGCCAUGGAUGUGUACAGAAGCCUCUACUCUGAGAAGGAGAUUCCCCAUACUCUGAGGGAGAAGAGGACAGAGGUCGUGGCCCAGCUAAAGCAGCUCCAGUCUGAGACCGAACCCAUUGUGAAAAUGUUUGAGGACCCAGAGACAACAAGGCAGAUGCAGUCUACCAGAGAUGGACGAAUGCUCUUCGACUAUUUGGCAGAAAAACAUAACUUUCGUCAGGAGUACUUAGACACACUGUACAGAUAUGCCAAGUUCCAGUACGAGUGUGGAAACUACUCUGGGGCUGCAGAAUACCUCUACUUCUUCCGUGUCUUGCUGCCUCUGCAUUGUGAUGCUUGUCCCAUGGAUGGACUCCAAAUUCCUCUCCCUGGGCUGCAAUCGGUCCCGUCUACAGACCGGAAUGCCCUGAACUCACUGUGGGGGAAGCUGGCCUCUGAGAUCCUGAUGCAGAACUGGGAGGCAGCCAUGGAGGACCUCACCCGCCUGAGAGAGACUAUCGAUAACAACUCUGUUAGCUCUCCUCUCCAGUCGCUCCAGCAAAGGACAUGGCUCAUUCACUGGUCUCUUUUUGUGUUCUUCAACCACCCGAAGGGCAGAGACAAUAUUAUUGAGCUCUUUCUGUAUCAGCCACAAUACCUCAAUGCUAUCCAGACUAUUUGUCCCCACAUCUUGCGUUACCUAACCACAGCGGUCAUUACAAACAAGGAUGUCCGUAAGCGUCGGCAGGUUUUGAAGGAUUUGGUGAAGGUCAUACAGCAGGAAUCCUACACCUACAAGGAUCCAAUCACAGAGUUUGUGGAGUGCCUCUACGUGAACUUUGAUUUUGACAGUGCUCAGAAGAAACUCAGGGAGUGUGAGUCGGUCCUUGUGAAUGACUUCUUUCUGGUUGCUUGUCUGGAGGACUUCAUUGAGAAUGCCCGGCUCUUCAUCUUUGAGACCUUCUGCAGAAUCCACCAGUGUAUUAGCAUCAGCAUGCUGGCAGACAAGCUGAACAUGACGCCUGAGGAAGCUGAGAGAUGGAUCGUCAACCUUAUCCGCAAUGCCAGGCUGGAUGCCAAGAUAGACUCCAAACUGGGCCACGUGGUCAUGGGAAACAAUGCCAUAUCACCUUACCAGCAGGUGAUUGAGAAGACCAAGAGCCUCUCAUUCCGCAGCCAAAUGCUGGCCAUGAACAUUGAGAAAAAGCAGGCCCACAGCACCAGAAAUGAGGCUUCAAACUGGGCAGGUCAGGAAGGUGGAUUUUAACGACACCAUGAAGAUAGAUCCAUCUUUCUACGUGUGUUGCUUUUUUUUCCCACACUUGUCUCUCAAGGAGCAAAGUGCUGCUUUGCACUUGGUUCAAGUCAUCACCAAUUCAAUAAAAGUGACCAACAAACCA